ACACAUGGGAAUGUCAUUUUUUAAUUGUUUUGUUUCUUUUUUUAUAUAUAUUGUUGUGUUGGUGUCCUCGUGUAUGGUGUAUAGUGAAGCCAAAGACAAAUUUCCACUUGUGGACAACAAAGGAAAUAAACUCUUUCUUUCUUUCUUUCUUUCUUUCUUUCUUUCUUUCUUCCUUUGUCUAAAGUCUAUACUGCAUAACCCGGUCACUAAAAGGGGGUGGGGUUUGGAGGUGUGUGUUGGAGGGAAGUUCAGUGAUUGGCUUGAAAUCUUAACAGACUGUCAACCAAUGGGCGACUAGAACGUUCGCUUAAAGGCAGUACCUCGAAAACUCACUACUUUAUUCUCUCAGCGUUGUUUUGAAAGAACAGUUACUUAAAGUAAAAAUGAGCGGCAGAGGAAAAACCGGAGGUAAAGCAAGAGCCAAGGCUAAGACUCGCUCAUCCAGGGCUGGACUGCAGUUCCCCGUCGGCCGUGUUCACAGGCUUCUCCGCAAAGGCAACUACGCCGAGCGCGUCGGUGCUGGUGCUCCUGUUUAUCUGGCGGCUGUGCUCGAGUAUCUUACCGCUGAGAUCCUGGAGUUGGCUGGAAAUGCCGCUCGGGACAACAAGAAGACCCGCAUCAUCCCCCGUCAUCUGCAGCUGGCGGUGCGCAACGAUGAAGAGUUGAACAAACUUCUGGGCGGAGUGACCAUCGCUCAGGGCGGCGUGCUGCCCAACAUCCAGGCUGUGCUGCUGCCCAAGAAGACCGAGAAACCCGCCAAAUCCAAAUAAACGGAUUCAAAUCUGUCUUAUUGAAACCCAAAGGCUCUUUUAAGAGCCAC